GAUGUUAAUUUAACCUUUUAGUUAAAAUAUACUAAUAUAUUACAUAAAUCAAAUGUUCUACAUUCAUCUUUAAAAAAAAUUACAUUUAAAGCUAUGAUUGUCUCUCUAACUACCAACAAUUGUUAACAUCUUCAAUGGAAAAGAAAUGUUGUGGGCCAAGUGGUAUCACUAUUUUCUCAUUGCUUUUAGUUGAUGUGGAGAGGAUUUUUCUCGGUGAGUCUUCUUGUUGACACACUCUUCUUCUUGUUGACAAUGUAAUGAGAUUUUGGAGUUUAGAAAUGUAAAUACUUGCAUGACAUUCUUGUUGCUGCUGUGGUCAAAGUAAUAUGUUGUUCUUUCGGGUUACUAAAACAAAAACUUUACCUUCAUGUCCAAUGGCGGAGGUAGUUCUUUACCCAUGUGGUUUUCUACAAAAAACAAAUUGUUUGGAUAUUGAAGAAAAAGAACUGAAAAAAUAUCACCAACUUAACUCCUUCACCCAUGUAAUAUAAGCUUAUAGGGAAUUGACCCCUCUAAUAAAUGAUUUGGAGGGCUCUGCCACUUUUCAUGUUCUAUAUUGAGAUUUUAAACUACUUCCAUUUGCUUUUACGGUGGUGAAAGUGAAUUAGUACACACUUACCAGUCCUUAGGAAGUUUUGAUGAAAACAUUCGAUUUGGCUACUAAAUUUUAAAUAGUUAUAAUCCAUCUUGUUAAUUAUUUUUUGAUGUUUUCAUAUAUAUUUAAAACCAUAUUAAAUAUUUAUUAUAAAUACAUCAAUUUUUACAGUUGUAAAUUUUUUAACUAAUAGUAAUUUAACAAACACCGUUAUUUUUUUGUAAAGUUUUAGUAUUAGUUAAUAAAAAGUUCAUAUAAAAUUUGAAAGAUCUAGUUUAACAUAAUGUGGAAUGGAGUAUUAUUCGUAGUAGACCCGUCUCACUGUUUUGAUGGACCCUGUGCAUAUUUUAUCUGAAUAACAAAAAAAUUGUCUGAAAAAUGGUCUUAGAUUAUUUUAAAAAGGCUCUAAAUUACACCUAAAAUUGUCUAAAUUUGUUUUGGGUCCUGUGCAAAAACUCCUUCUGCACACCCAUAGAGACGGCUGAUUCAUAGAUCACUUGAUCCUCAAAUAAUCACAAUUUUAUUAAGAUUAAUUUUAAAAUAUUAUGAUAUUCUAAAUUUCAAAUAAGAACAGAUCUCUUAUUCCAUCACAAGCUUCAUGAACCAAAACAGUUGAAAGCUAAAACAACAUAAGGAAAAAACUAUAGUACUUUCGCAAAAAAAAAAAACUAUAAUAUUUAUCUCAUGCAAUAAAAGUUGCCGAUAAGAAAGUCAAAAUAAAAUCAUCCUAGGAUAUUUUUAAUAGUAGUCCAUGAUGACAUAAUACAUAUAUGAGAUAUGAAGUUUCAUAUCAUUAGUUCCUUUUGUCACAACGUGAUUUUGAUUAAUUUAUGUAGAGUAUUACUAUAUAUAUCAACUAUCUGAAUUCAAUAUCAUUAAACUAGUAGCCAAUGAUUCUUGUAGAAUAGAAAAGGACUUGCCUCCAGUCUCCUCUCUGGAUCUGAUCCACUGUAUUGUCUUUGUAUUUUACAUUCACCAUAGCUUUCAAUUUUUUGGCUUCACUGGAUUGUUUGAAGGAAGGAAACAAAAACAGUAAUGGUGUUUUUCAGCUUUAAUGAGAUCAAGAAGAAGAAGGAGACUCUCAUAGGACUUGUCUUGGGACAGAUCCUCUCCCUUCUCUCUACUUCAAUUGGCUUUACAACCUCUGAGCUCGUCAGAAAAGGUAUCAAUGCUCCAACAUCACAGUCGUUCCUAGGUUAUGUGUUACUGGCAAUUGUAUAUGGAAGUAUAAUGCUAUAUCGAAGAUCUGUAAUUAAGGCCAAAUGGUAUUACUAUUUCCUGCUUGCUCUAGUUGAUGUCGAAGGCAACUUUCUUGUGGUAAAGGCAUUUCAGAACACAUCAAUGACAAGUGUCAUGUUACUGGACUGCUGGGCGAUCCCGUGCGUUUUGGUGUUGACUUGGGUUUUUCUAAAGACAAGAUACAGUUUGAUGAAGAUCAGUGGUGUGGUUGUAUGUAUUCUUGGUGUUGUCAUGGUCGUUUUCUCAGACGUCCAUGCAGGGGAUCGAUCUGGAGGAAAAAAUCCUGUAAAAGGGGAUUUUCUUGUGAUAGCUGCAGCAACCUUGUAUUCUUUCAGUAAUACCAGUGAGGAGUUCUUUGUGAAGAAUGCAGACAGAGUUGAACUCAUGUCCUUUGUGGGCCUUUUCGGUGCAAUCAUUGGUGCAAUUCAGAUAAGCAUAUUUGAACGUGAUGAGCUCAAUGCUAUUCACUGGUCAACUGAGGCAGUGUUGCCUUAUAUUGGAAUUGCAAUCGGUGUGUUUCUUUUCUACACCAUACUCACAGUUUUACUCAAGACCAAUGGUACAGCAAUGUUCACUCUCUCACUACUCACAUCAGACAUGUGGGCGGUUCUGAUCCGCAUUUUCGCUUACCAUGAGAAGGUUGAUUGGCUCUAUUAUUUGGCAUUUGCUACUACAGCUAUUGGACUGAUCAUAUACUCAAUGUACAGUCUUUUCUCCAUCUUUCUUCAACUCCAUUAUAUAUACUUCACUUCAGAGAUCAGUAUUCUUAACCCCUUGUGUUCCCUAUACUUGAUAUUCUCAUUCUCAGGAAAGAGAAUGAUCAGGAGAAGCAAAGUGGGGGAGAACAACAGAUAAAGCUGUUGGAUGAGGAAGAUGGUGAUUCACUUCGAGCCAGGCUUACAGGUGCUUCCACCUGAACACAAAGCCUGAGGUUUCAUGUUGUCUAUGUGAGAAAUUAGAUUAUUGCUUCUAGCAAGAAGAAAUGGACUUUUGUGCGAAGAGAAGUUUGUAAAUCUAUAACACAAUUCGUAACUAUAAAGAGUGGAAAAAGGUUUUUAUAGAAGUUACUUCAAAUGUAUCAACUUCUGUUUAUUCUUAUAUUUUUAUUUAACUUACUACUACAAGUAUAAGAAGCUGCAUCUCCACACAGCUCUAGUACAGUCACUUGAAACCUCAUCUCUAUGUACACAAACGUCAGAGCAAAGAACUCGUGUAAGCACCAGACAGAUCCAGUGGCAAAAUAGCUCCUUCUCUGUUUCUUGGUUUGGUGGUUUUGAUAAUGUGUUUUUAACGGUAUGCGUC